AUGUGGUGCUACAUUAAAAGUCUAAAAUAUUGUAUUUGUGUUAUUAUUGAUAUAAUUCAAGUUAUUCUACAAGCAAUUAGUCAUUAUGUUUUUUCAAUCACAGAAAAAAAUAUUCGAAAUGAAAUUGUACUUAUUACAGGUUCAGGAAGAGGUUUAGGUCAAGAAAUGGCUCUUUUAUUUGCUAAACGAGGUGCAGUGGUGAUUUUAUGUGAUAUUGAUGAAACUGGAAAUGCACAAACAGCUGAAUUAAUAUCCCAAGAAUUUCCAUCAACACUUCAUCAUGAAAAACGUGUAUUUGCAUAUACAUGUGAUAUUGGAAAUCAAGAUGAAGUACAUAAACUUGUAGAAAAAAUUCAAACAGAUGUUGGUGAUAUCACUAUGUUAGUGAAUAAUGCAGCAAUUUUGUCGUCAAAAUCUAUUGUGGAUAUGAGUGAAGAAGAAUUUUCACGAUGUUUAAAUGUUAAUCUAUUUGCAGCUUAUUGGUUAAUUCGUCAAAUUCUUCCAUCAAUGAUGCGACAUAAUCAUGGACAUAUAAUAACCAUGCUUGGUUCGACAGCUGUUUUUGGCUUAGGAAAUUUUUCUGAUAUUUGUACCGCUAAAUUUGGUCUUGUCGGUCUUAUGGAAAGUAUUGAUCAUGAGUUAACUUUAGGUGGUUAUGAUGGUAUAUAUACAACUGCAGUUGUAUCUCAUUAUCUUAUGACACAUCUAUAUCAACUGGCUAAAACACGUUUUACUCCAGUUCUUCCACCUCUUACACUUGAUUAUGCAGCAAAAAAGAUUAUGCAUGGAAUUUUGAUAAAUCGUAAAUUUGUUUGUGUACCACGUUUAUAUUAUUUAAUACCAUUUGUAAAAGGUUUACUACCUUCUCGUGCUUUUCUCAUUCUUCUCAAUACACUAAUCAAUCCAAAAAUAUCGGUUUAUGUUCGACAAGAAUCUUAUGAUCAAUGUAAGAGACGUAGUUCAAUAUCACCACCACCAUGUGCUCAUCAAUUAAAUGGUACUCAUCAUCAUCAUAUACAUCGACAACGUACUCAUGCCAGUGCAUGUGACUAA